UGUUACAGCGAGGACGUUUUCGUCAGAGGUAAUCGGCAUCGAAGCUGGCUUAGACUAUAUGUAGCAAUAUUUUCCGGUGAAUGAGUAGUUGAUAUGACAGAGGGAAAUAUCGUAGAAGAGUGGCUACGCUCUUUUAACCUGAAUCAGUACGCCGAAAGCUUCUUGGAUAACGGCUACGACGACCUAGAAAUAUGCAAACAAAUUGGAGAGGAUGACCUGGACGCUAUAGGUGUAACCGAUGACCUUCAUCGUCAACAAAUCCUUCGUGCCGUGAGAGAACUUUUAGAACAGGGGGGGUCUGCAGUUUAUUUCACUGUAGAAGAACAGAGGAAAUCUACUGUUGACUCGGAUGUUUUCUACGAUGGGUCUUCACCAAACUACUUGUCCACGAUGCACCCAGUCACAUCUAUUAAACCUAGGUUGGUGUCUAGCAAGGUUACGACCGAGGUAUCGGGGAGCUACGGCUGUUGCGGCGGAGCGUUCGUGUCGGUGCAUGGUUGCGCCUCCAGUAGAAUUUCACACGAAUACGAAGAGAACAAAUUGGGGUUUAUUAAACUUCCGAAAAUCCAGCUUAAAAAGAUGAUUCGAGACAAGCUGAUUAGAGAAGGGAUCCGCUUAGGUGCUCAACCCUAUUCAAACACG